AUGGCAGCCAUGGCCACCACAACCUUCACCUCCUCCCUCUCUUCCAACCCCAAAUCCUCAUUCUCCUCCUUCCAUGGAAAACCCAUUUCUCCCCGCACCACCUCCAUCAAAUCCACCACCCCACAGAACGCCACCACCAUCUCCAUGUCCCUGAAUUCCCCUGCUUACGAUCUCCAAGCCUUCAAAUUCUCACCCAUCAAGAAAUCCAUCGGCUCACGUGAAAUGACCCGCCGCUACAUGACCGACAUGAUCACCUACGCCGACACCGACGUCGUCAUGCUUUAA